AUGAUCAUCACAUUGUGGUAUGUUACUGGCAUCAUAGCCGCCACCUUAAUCGCGUGGAACUUCGUAGUGAAGUACCGACGCAAUCGUGAGCAUCUACCCCGUACCUUUGCACGAUGUGAACGCACGCGCGAUGCUGUCGAGAUAACUAGCGGCAACAUGUACAUGCACACAACCGACGACGACGAUGAUGACGUCGACGUGGAGAAUGUCAUGGUCAUUGGCGGCCAGGGAUUUCUUGG